AUGGGUAGGGGUCCGGCGGACGGGAUCUGGUGUUUCGACGGCGCUGUGCUGCUGGAUUGGGUGGGUUUCGUUUGCCAAGGUUUUGAUUCCCAGAUGGGGACAUCGUCAGGCGCGGACUUCCACCACCAGCAGCAGCAACCGACCCCACAGGGGUUGCCGCCGCCGCGCCCCAACGGCCGAGCGCCGACGCUGCAGAUGUCUCUCUCCCUGGGUGGCGCUGCCUCGUCCGAGCAGGUCAGCUCGCCUCCGGACACGCAGGAGCCGUUGUCCAACUCUGAUGGUGGGCACGACUCCGCCACCGAGAGCGCCAGCUCGCGGGAGACGUGGCCCGGGGAGCCUGGCAAGAGUGGCGGCGGUCCUCCCAUGGCAGCAGCGCCGAUAACUGCGCUGAGGGUAGCUGAUAGUAAGGAGAAGGAGGUGGUUGGUAAUGGCAUCACCGAGCUGCAGGCCAUCUGGAGUAGGAUCCCGAGUGCCGGUCGGGUGACGCUCAGGGAGGUCGCUCGGGAACGGGUGGACCUUCUUGCGGAGAAGAUGAAGGGUAUGAGUGACGAGCUGCUGGACGAGACCAAGACCGAGUUGCGGUCGAUUCUGGAAGGCACUGGCGGCCCGCACCAGAUUCAGGAGUUCAUGUACCUGCAGAAGCUUGUUCAGGGCAGGGUGGAUCUGACCCUGCCCAUCCUUUUGAUGGCUCACCACGCGCAGCUGGAGAUCCUGGUUGCCAUCAAGACUGGGAUACAGGCGUUCUUGCAUCCGAGCGUCGACAUACCCCAGAGCCGUCUCGCCGAGAUUUUCCUGUACAAGAGGUGCCGCAACAUCGCCUGCCAGAGUGUUGUACCUGCUGAGGAGUGCAAGUGUAACAUAUGCAGCAACAGGAACGGGUUUUGUAAUCUCUGCAUGUGCGUGAUCUGCAAUAAGUUUGAUUUUGAGGUCAAUACGUGCCGCUGGGUUGGGUGUGAUAUCUGCUCUCACUGGACUCACACGGACUGUGCAAUUCGUGAUGGACAGAUUGGGACUGGGCAGACGAUUAAGAACGGCAUCGGCCAUGCGGAGAUGCUUUUCCGGUGCCAGGCCUGCCAGAGGACAUCUGAACUGUUCGGAUGGGUUAGGGAUGUCUUUCAGCAAUGUGCACCUGGAUGGGACAGGGAUGCCUUGCUGCGGGAGCUCGACUAUGUUUGCAAGAUAUUCCGUCUAAGUGAGGACUCAAAAGGGACGAAAUUGUUCAGAAAAUGUGCUGAGCUAGUUGAAAGAUUGAGGAGCGGUUCUGCUGAAUCAAUGACUCCUAGAAUUCUGCUACAAGCACUGCAAGAGCUGGAUAUUGAUUCCUCCAAGAGCUUUGAGAACGAAGAGCCAGGGCGCCUGAUCACUCCCCAGGAGGCCUGCAACCGGAUCGCGGAGGUCGUCCAGGAAGCCGUCAGAAAGAUGGAGAUCGUGGCAGAAGAGAAGCUGCGAAUGUACAAACGUGCCCGCCUCGCCGUGGAGGCGUGCGACCGGGAGCUGGAGGAGAAGGCGCGGGAAGCCCAGGAGCUGAAGGUGGAGCGUCUGAGGAAGCUGCAGCAGGCGGAGGAGCUGGAGAGCAUCAUCCGUCUGAAGCAGGCGGAGUCGGAGAUGUUCCAGCUGAAGGCGAGCGAGGCCCAGGAGGAGGCGGAGCGGCUGCGGAGCGUCGCGCUGGCGAAGAAGAAGUCGGAGGAGGCGGGCCAGGACCUCGCGAGCUUGUACCUCAAGCGGCGCCUCGAGGAGGCCGAGGCCGAGAAGCAGUUCAUCUUCGAGAAGAUCAAGCUGCAGGAGAACAACCAGCGCGUGGCGCCGCAUCCGCAUGCCGCGAGCAGCAGCGGCGGCGGUGGCGUCGGUGUUGGCGUUGGGAUGGGGGGCGGGAGCUCUGGCGGCGACCCCUCGCAGGUCAUGAUGCUGUCCAAGAUCCAGGACCUGCUGAAGAACGUCCGCAGCAUGCCGUCGGCCAAACCAGACGGGCCGCGGUCCAUGUAG